AUGGCGCGCCUCGAGUCAACGCUUAUGGCGUUCCGUGCGAAGAAUGGCUUUGACCGAGGAAUUGCUGCCCCGCAGAUUGGUGUUCAAAAUCGCUUCGUGGCGAUCCACCUUGUCGGCAAGCACGCAAGUCCUCAAGAAGAUGCGUUGCCCCAGGCAGAGUCGGAGCUGUUCCAGCACGAGCUCAACCACCUCGUCGGCAUCCUCGCCGUCAACUUGGUCUCAAAGGACCUGCUCAGCGCCGACGAGCUCUUGAACCGCUUUCCUUCCCAUGUCAUUUAG